AUGACUCAUCCAAAUGAGCACCACCAUAAGGCUGAACAGCAACAAAAUGGAAGAAGCGAUACGAAAACAGAGACAGUAAACCCCCAGAAGAUGAAAUUGGUUACCAAACUUCUCAUUGAUAAUAAGUUUGGAUUAAUGGACGACCUGAAUUUUAGUAGACCACUAACCGCUUCUUCUGAGGGUGUACCAAUAUCGGCAAAGACAUCUGAAUUGGGCACCGAGUACCUCAAGAAUCAGCAAGAGAAUUCAGUAAGCCCAAUACCUCCAAUAUCAAGAAGCACAAGGAUAAAAGCAGACAGAGUAAGAAUAUAUUUAGACUAUUAUUAUAGUAUACUGGAACGUUGUAUUUCAAUUGAUAGCUCCCAGAAUCACCAUGAAGGUGUUGAAGGAGUGUACAACCCAUUACAAGUUAUCAGAAAUCGCAAAUUAAAAAAGAAACAUCAUGAACUACCUACUAGAGAGUUUUAUACUACAAAGCACCCUAUUAUUGCCGUUAAACAGUUUUCUAAAAAGCCCAACAGGAAAAUGCCGUGGUUCGUGGAUAUAAACGAGAAGUAUAUGGACUUGACAUGGAGGACCUCACACUGGGAAGAAUUAGUGGAUCCUCAAGGUAAGCUUUGGUUCCAGUCUUAUAGUCCUUCCACGGAAUCGAGCGGAUCCUCUUCAUCCCGCCGGCAGCACAGUCACCACAUUCAUCCUAGAAGACACUUACGACAUCACUCCAGAGUUCGCACGGCCAAUUCUGUGCAUUCAAAUACUCAAUCACUGACUUCAAAGAGGAUGAUUACUAAUGAAGAGGACAAGAGUAACCAUAACAAUAAUAACGUGGUAACAAAGGUUACAACUACCCCAGAAGCUCAGAUAUCAAGGAACAAGAAAUCUGAUCCAAAUUUAAGCCAUACUCAUUUAGAAGUACCGAUAACUAAUACAGUCACGAACACUUCAUCAGAUCAAGGAUCAUUGAUCAUCGAAGUGAAGGGCAGUGGCCUUGAAAGUGCCCGUCGUGGAAGUAGUAACACCAGUGGGAGUGGUGGGAACAGAAAUUAUAAACAUUAUCGUUCAAAAUCAGCAGGCCCUCCGGAAGACGAGAAAUCGAGAAUGAACGGCCUCGAAAAAAUCAUUAGUAAAACAUCGAAAGGAUGGUCUAGAUCACCCAAGAAAAAUACCCCUGCUACUGAAAAACAGGUACUUUUGACUCCCGCUAUUAGCAAUGGAGGCGCCAGUAGAAGGAGCAGCAAUAAUGGAGCGAGUAUUAAUACCAGCAGUAGCAAAAGUAGCAUGGGAAUUACUUUUGGAAAUAUUGAAACUUACAAGACGCCGGUUGAUAAUGACAAAGAUGCUAUAAUACGGCAAAGUUUGCUAAGUGAAGUGCCCGUUCAUACCUUGAGGGGGAAAAACAGCAACAAAUCGUUAAAAGAAGGGGAGCAAGUUCUUGAAAGUGACAAAGAAUUACCGAAUGGUGUUAGUAGUACUUACGAUGGUGUGCCUAGGGAAAAGACUACCAGUCAUGGUAGCGAACCUGUGAGGAUAAUAAGUGAUUCCUUACAGGUUGACGAACAGUUGCAAAGAUACUGGCAUGAUACCAGGUAUAUUAUGAGCACUGUGGCUAUGAUGCAACAUAGGAGAGAGACACAUGAUAUAGUGAAGAGGAGAGAAAUUGCGCGUAGAAACGAAAUUGAGAUCACACAAGAUGCAGAUACAAAUAUUAGGAAGACUGCGGACGCGUUGACCCAGUAUGAUAAUGAAUUGAAUAAAGUUUUAAAGCUAGGCAAUGAUUGGACAUCAAAACUCUUAAACGACUAUUCAAUUCGUGUAGAAACUUUGAUAUCAUCGAGCGACAGAAUUCUUAGUGAUAUAAAUACAACACUUACAUUGAAGUUGAAAAUGUUCCAAGAAAAUACAGAAAGAUAUGUGACGGUGAAAGUAAUGAGAGCCCAAAAAAUGACCAAAACCAUAUAUGGGUUGUUGGAAUUUGGCAUUGUUGUAGUCCUUUGGACAAUUUGGUUUUUGUUCAGCGUCUUGAGAAGCAUUCGGUUCACAAUAUGUUUAGUUCUAAAAAUUAUCAAGGCAUUGUUAUGGUAG